AUGGCCUUCAAUCUAGUGCCCACUCACGCGGUGCAGGAGCUUGGACCGGAGCUACCUGAUCUCUACACGGAUGAAAUCGGUUUCAGAGGUCUCUCAGCUGAUGCUAACAUUCGCCUCCUUCCUACACCAUGGCCCGAAGACGCCCUUCCAUCCUCCACCUCCUCCCUUCUGGCUGUCGCGCAAAGCAAAGGACUAGUCAUUGGUGCCGGUCCUGAUGCGCUUGUCGUCGCAAGCGCUGACUCUGUGAGAAAAGCCAUCGAGGCCCCCUCCGGAGAGGGCAAAGUGAAAACAAAGCCCUUCCAGCCGCAAGCAACAAUCCCACUCCCUGCGCGCCCGACUCAUGUGGCGUUCACCGCAAACGAUGAAGCCUUGAUCCUGGCGACGGAGAAUGCAUCCCAGAUCUCUGUCUUCCAGACUACAGCUCUCUUACAGGGCAACUUCCAGCCAGCGACAUCAAUUCAAACCAGUGGCGCAUCCAUCCGCGCUCUGGUACCUAACCCGGAUCUCAGCUCCACUCUUGUUGCCCUUGUCACCGUCAAUGGUGAACUAUUGGUUGCCGACUUGAAAGCUGGUAAUCUGGUUCCAGGCGCAAAUGGUCCAGUUCUCAAGAAUGGCGUGAGUAGUGUGGCAUGGAGUAACAAAGGAAAGCAGUUGGUGGCUGGAUUAGCAGAUGGAACAGCGGAACAGAUGACUCCUGUAGGCAUCAAGAAGGACUCGGUUCCUCGUCCAUCUGAUCUGGAGGGUGAUUGUCAUGUCUCCUCCAUUUCUUGGCUUGAGAACGAUGUCUUUUUCAUGGUCUAUACUCCAAAUGCCGCUGAAGAUGACAUGGGACAGAAUCCUGCAUCAUCUUACUACAUCAUCACACGACGAAAGCAGGCGCCUUUCCUUGUCCAGAAAUUGCCCGAGAUUUGCUCCACCAUGGGCUUUCAAUUGAAGCGUUCACCCGCCUACAACUUCAUCGUACGACUGCGCGACUACAAUCCAGGCUUGAAGGAUGUCUUGAUUGUGUCAUCGACUGCAUCCACCGAUGUUGGCCUCAUUACACGACCUGAGAAGCCUCUGGGCGAUGACGAAGCCUCUAAAGCUGUUGUUGGCCAAUACACCACAACAGAAGUAAAUGAUGAUGCCAAGAGGGCUUCAGUGCCUUUGAAAGACUCAGUAGAUGAAACUUCUGUGAUCGGGUUGGCUGCAGAUCUUUCUUCCAGUGCGAACGUCGAGGCGCCCAUUCCGGGUGAAGACAUUGAAAACUCUUCCACCCCUCUUCCUGGUCUGUUCCUUCUUAAUAAUGACGGUAUCCUUUCAUCUUGGUGGUUCAUCUAUUCCGAUGCCGUUCGUCAGAAGGUGGCAUACUCUGGCAUGGUCUCUGCUUCUCAAUCGUCAAUGAAUACCUCUCAAAUGGGAACUCCUAACCCGAUCCCUACCCAAAAACCCAUUCAAACAUCUUCUCCAGCACAGCAGAAGCCUGCUUUUGGUCAGUCUGGCUUUGGUGCACCAUCUCCCUUAGGAUCAUCUGCCUUCGGCGCGCCGUCAGCCUUGGGAUCAUCUACUCUUGGAAAGCCAACUGGUGGUACUGCCUUUGGCAGUCCAUCUCUUUUGGGCGCAUCUACUAUGGGCGCAACGGCAUUUGGAAAGCAAUCCGCACCAUCAUUUGGUAGUCCAUCCCAAAUUGGUGGAGGUGCGGCUUCAUCAUUUGGUCAGCCAUCGUUCGGUACUCCUUCCCAGCCUGGGGUUGGGUUUGGUUCUGUAAGCACGCCUGGCCAGGCCAAAUUUGGCCAAUCUGGCUUUGGUGCGGCGUCUGGGUUUGGACAGCCUACUGCUCCAGGAAAAUCACUGCUUGGAACUGGAACUGCGUCUUCGGGGGCCGGCUUCGGCGCAUUCUCUUCUGGUGGUGGUGGAUUUGGUGGCCUUGCAGCAUCAAAGACAGGCGAGUCACCCUUCGGCAAACCUCAUGAACAGAGUGCUUUUGGUGCACCGCAAGCCUCUUCACCAUUCGGGGCUCCGCCGAAAUCUGACACUGCAUUCCCUCCACCUGCGGCUCAGGCCAAGAAUCCGUUUGGUAGCGGCGGUAAUGCGUUCUCAUUGGGAUCUUCUUUCAAACCUGCAAAUCCCGAUGCUGCUGACGAGGCAAAGUCUGAAAAACAGACCUCGGGUGCGUUUUCUUUCGGUAACUCUUUCGAAUCCAUGGUUGAAUCACCAAGUAAGACAAGUCCUCAGCCAGAGUCGAUGGACGAUGGGGAAGAUUCUGCUGUUCCCCCUUCUGUACAGCCACUAAAGACUGAGCCAACCUCACUUUUUGGUAAGCCAGCACCUCAGACAAAUUCUUUGUUUGGACAACCGACACCUUCGACCACACCCACAUCGUUGUUUGGAAAACCGGUGACUCAGCCUACAUUGGCCAAAUCUCCCUCGCCCAUUGAGACCAAGUCUGGAUUUUCUUUCGGAAGCACGACUAUUCAGACGAGCAGCCAAUUUGGGAACCAAACCCAGAUCACAAGUCCUCUUUCCGCACCCUCAGACAAAACGGUCACACCGAAGAGAGAACAGUCGGUGUCCACACCCAAGAUAUCGUCUUUCGAUCAACCAUUGCCACCUGAUUCGACCAGCAGGGAUAGCUAUGCACCGGGCGAUACAUCGGCAUCCUCCAAUGUAUCCAAGAGCUCAGCAGAGGACGCUCCUCUUCCUCCUGACUUUGUUGCCCCGAAAAAAUUCUCCCUCAAAGCAGAGGAUGCACCGCUUCCCCCGGACUUUUUGGGUCAGAAGAAGGCGCUGAAGAGCGAUCCCUCGCCUCCUGCGAAUCCAUUCGGGCAGAUUAAGGCUUCCAUUAAGGCUGAAGAGGCCCCUCUCCCUCCCGAUUUUACCAAGAAAUCUGUUAAACCCGAAGAAGCCCCUCUUCCUCCUGAUUUCGUUGCUCCGACCAAAUCUGCCGCCAAGACAGAGGAUGCACCGCUUCCCCCGGACUUUUUGGGUCAGAAGAAAGCGCGAAAGAGUCCCUCGCCUCCUGCGAAUCCCUUUGGGCAGAUCAGGUCUUCCUAUAAGGCGUCAGAAGCCCCUCUACCCUCCGAGAGAAAACCGAGACGUGCACCGAGACGUGCACCGAGAGCUCCCGCUAAACCGGCCCCCGAUGAUUCAGAUGCUGAUUCAGAUGCUCAUUCAGAGGCUCGUUCAGAUGCUCAUCCAGACGCUCAUUCAGAUGAGGGAUCCGAGCAGGAUGAAAGUGAAUAUGCGGGUGAGUCUCCAGAAGAAAGGGAAGACGGGUCGGACUUCAGCGACAGUGGUGAGGAGAUUACACAUGAUGAGAUCAAGAUCCCAAGCCCUAAGCAAUCGGCGCAAAGUUCAUUUGGUGGACUAAGCAAGGAGAAGCCCCAAACAAGCUGUUUGGCGAAAUUCCGAAGCAACCUCAUCUUCCACCCCCGGCCCAUUACUCGUGAGCCGUACCGGUCACCCAGCCCCACUCGUAUCAACCCACAGAGGAGUUCGUUGUUGAAGAGCCGGUCAGCACAGCCUGCUGGAGGCGCAUUGCAUGCCCGCAAGGCUUCUCUAACUCAGAUUGCUCAGCAACGUGGUAGCAAUUUGAGGAAGGCUAGUGAUGUUUCCCGCGAGGAGCAGACUCGUGCUCACCAGGCCGCGCAACAACGCCGAGAAGAGGAGGAAGCUCUGUCUCUGUCUGACGAUGACGAAGAUGAGAGGCUUCGUGCCGAUCUUUCUCGGCCGAUUGAGCCUGUUUCUACGCUUGAUCCGUUUUUGCCUCACCAGAACUACAUGGGAGAGACAGCCAAGCCUGGUGUUGCAGGGAUGGUCGAACGACUGUACCGAGACAUUAACUCUAUGAUCGACACAUUGGGUAUCAACGCUCGUUCACUGGAAUCUUAUCUUCUUUAUCAGCAGUCGUCUAACUCCUCAGAUGCCAACAAGUUGGUGGAGAUCCUUAAGAGCGACCAACCCGCGAACGUCUUGGAUGAGAAGCUCUUUUUGCAAGAUAUCAGCAAGUUUGAUGAUGCUGUGACCGGUCUUGCCACUUCUCUUAACGAGCAGCGUGUGCAUGGAGUAGAGGAGAAGCUUGAUCAGUGCCGAGAAUUUCUGACCAAAGACAUUGUCACUCUUCGCGGUCAAUGUGCCAGCAUCCGCAAAUCACUUGAUGCGUACACAGAUACUGGUGCAAUCUUUGCAGCCCCCCUUUCUGCGGAACAUGCUGCCCUUCAGCAUGACCUUCGAUCAUUUUUUACGGAUAUUCAGAGCAAGAUGGCAGAUUUGGAACAAGGCGUCUCUAUGCUACGUGCUAAGAUUGCUGACAUCCCUCGUGCUGACGGCGACUCACGACACGCAUCAAAGCGACCCACUGUGGAAGCUGUUGCCAAGACCAUCUCUACUAUGAUGAGCAUGGCCGAGAACAAGAGCAGUGAUAUCGAUGUCCUUGAGGCUCAAAUGCGUAAGCUCGGUGUGGACAUAGCAAACACUCUUCCCAAUAGCCGCGAAGGAUCUCCAUUUACCACCCCACGCAAGAACACUGCUCGAUUCCCAACCACACCUGGAUCGCGUGGCUCUGUGGAUAACAACAACAGUGCCUACCAUACGCCUGAAUCCGCUUCCCGCGGCGUCAGCUUCCGGGCCAGUAUUAACGGCUCUACAAAUCACAGCCGCCUUCGAAGUGUUGAGAGCAUCGCACCUGUAGUUGCUCAGGAAGAGAGUGCUCUCUGGAAGGCGAAGACGCAACGUCGUCAACAUCUGAUUGCCAAUCUGAAAAUGGCCAUUGACAAGAAAGAGGACAAAGUUCGCGGCAUCGAUGAUAUUUAG